GCUGGGGACCUGCGGCUCCUAUUUUUACCACCUCUCUCAACGCCCUCGUAUCACAACAGCUGUCCCCACGUCUCCCCUGUCCACUGACAGGAAUAGCCGGCCUAUCAGAGCACUCCCCCUCUCUCCCCGGUCUUGCCGUUCCCCUCGGUGUGUCUCUAGCUGCUCACUCAGACCUCCUCCACUUUAGCCAGUUUUUCAUUUGAUCAGGUGCUUCAGAGGACUAUUGUGAAACGGGAGUUGUGGAAUUGCUUCACUCGCAGUGGUGAGUGGCGAGCACACUGGGAACAGUAUCCUGCCACGUGAGCAGCACACCGAUAACAGCUUUGCGGUCAGGUGCUUGGUCAAGCCCAUGACAGCAGAUCGGCAAACAUGGCAUUUUCAUCUCGCUUUUCCUUCUGGGAACAAAAGAUUAAAGAAGAGAACAAGCCAGGCAGCAAAAGUUCAGAAAAUGAUGGGUUGCCCAGCCGGGCCAUGUCCGUGCCUGCUCUAGACCCUGGCAGGGGGUUAUUACGGGCAAAAAGUCCACCGGUCUCCCCUCCAGGCUCAGUAGGACGGUUCAGGAGCCCUUCACCACCAAGCAUCAGGACCGCUGUUAAAGUACCGGAGCGAUUUAAAAGCCCCGAGCCAUCAUUAAAGAUGGCAGCACAAAUUAGGAGUCCUGAACCACCACGAGGUCCUCUGAGCCCAGAGCCUGUUAACAGUGAGAAAGAGCAAAACAACACACUGGGCAAAAGCGUGGCCAAUGGUACAGCCAAUGGGAAUAUCAGCGUUCCAGACACCAAGCAGUUGGAUUCCACAGAUGACCAAGGUCUGACACGUAAAAAGGUUGUUAAGGUGGUCCGCCGUGUUGUCAGGAAGGUCCUACCUACAGAACAAGAUGAGGCCUCUGUGCCACCACAAAAAACCGACAAAGCUCCAGAAGCAGCCAAGCCUGCUGCUGAACUAGCCAAAACGACGCCGGCACCAGCUUCACUGUCUAAGGCCCAAAGGAUGUCUGCAUUCUCUUUUAAACACGACGUCAUAAAAACAGAGGACAAAGAAGAUGUUUCACGAGGACUGAUGAACCUUAUGGUCCGAGGAAGGACAAGAGAGCUCCGUCCACAAAUUCGCAAGGAUGAACGACCAGAAAGGCUAGAGUUGGAGAAGGAAAAUCAGAAGAAGGAGGAAAAAGCUGAGCCGGAAGAGAAGGGAAAGGAGAUUAAGGACAAUAAAACCACACUAAAGUCACAUGACGUUAAUCACAACACAAUCACAGAUCCUAGUCCUCCUGUAAAAGAUGCCAUAUCUCCGGUGGUUGCUGUAAAGCCAAAUGGCACAGCUUCUGUGGGCUCAGCUCCGCCGUCUUCCAAAUUGACUGCUUCUAGACCUUUAUCUCGCCCAACAGUUGUAGGCUUUAUCCCACCGCCCACCAAACACUUGGCUCCACCUCCUGGCUUUAUACCAGCACCCAAACCAACUGCUGCCGCAAAAUCAACCACUACAAACACUCCUCCUGCUGGCCCACUAGCUCCAAAAUCUUCCUCACUCUCUCCUCCAUCACAUUCUGUCCCAACCCCCAAAGUCUCCCCAAUUUCACCAAAAUCAGCUGCUGCCACAAAAUCAACCACUACAAACCCUCCUUCUAGUGGCCCACUAGCUCCAAAAUCUUCCUUACUCUCCCCUCCAUCACGUUCUGUCCCAACCCCUAAACCCUCCCCAAUCCCUUUGAGCCCUGAGCUUCACCAGUCCAGUCCUGGGCCAAUGUGUCCCCCUUCAGUGGUAAUUCCCAAUCAACAAUCCGCUGCCAGCCAACACAAGGAGGCACCAGUCAGUCCCACCGAAGAGGCUGAGAGACGCCUGAUGAGGAUCUUCGGUGCUCCUCUGGAGCCGGCAGUCAGUGUUUCGUCUUCUGUCCCAGCCCCCGUCUCUGCAACCCCGCAGCCCCGAGGCCCCCCGCAGGAAUCAAAUGAAGUGGAAUCUUUUGCCCUCCUCCAGGCAUCUCAUGCUGCAGCUAAGCAAACCCAGGUGAAGACUGAGGAGCAGAUUGCAGCAGAGCAGGCCUGGUAUGAAUCAGAGAAAGUCUGGCUGGUCCACAAAGAUGGCUUCUCCCUGGCCACCGUGGUGAAGACGGAGGCCGGCUCCCUGCCAGAAAACAAGCUGAGAAUCAAACUGGAGCAUGACGGGACAAUACUGGACGUGGAUGAAGACGACGUGGAGAAGGCCAACCCUCCUUCAUAUGACCGAUCAGAAGACCUGGCGUCUCUGCUUUAUCUGAAUGAAUCCAGUGUGAUGCAUUGUCUGAGGCAGCGCUACGGAGGCAACCUGAUCCACUCCUACGCUGGACCCAACAUGGUUGUCAUCAACCCCCUCAGCACACCCUCCAUGUACUCUGAGAAGGUGAUGCACAUGUUCAAAGGCUGCCGGCGGGAGGACUCUGCUCCUCAUAUCUACUCCGUAGCCCAGUUGGCGUACCGCAACCUGCUCACCACCCGGCAGGAUCAGUCCAUCGUGCUGCUGGGCAAGUCUGGCAGCGGCAAAACUACCAACUGCCAGCACCUGGUGCAGUACCUGGUCUCCAUCGCCGGCAGCACGGGUAAAAUAUUCUCUGCUGAGAAGUGGCAGGCGGUCUACACCAUCCUGGAGGCUUUUGGCAACAGCUCCACCGCUAUGAACGCCAACGCCAGCCGCUUCUCCCAUGUAGUGUCUCUGGAUUUUGACCAGGCUGGGCAGGUGGCCUCCGCCUCCAUCCAGACGAUGCUGCUGGAGAAGCUGAGGGUGAGCAGGCGGCCUGAAGCGGAGUCCACCUUCAACAUCUUUUACUACAUAUUGGCCGGUGCAGACAGCAACCUGAGAACAGAGCUGCACUUUAACCACCUGGCUGAGAACAGCGCUUUCGGGAUCCUCCCACAGUCUAAGCCUGAAGACAAGCAGCGAGCCGCGCAGCAGUUCACCAAACUUCAGGCCGCCAUGAAGGUGUUGGGCAUCUCUGGGGAAGAGCAGAAGGCCCUCUGGCUCAUCCUUGGGGCUAUUUACCACCUGGGGGCUGCAGGAGCCACUAAAGACGGGGAUGAAGUGGGACGACGACAGUUUGCCCGCCACGAAUGGGCCCAGAAGGCCGCCUACCUGCUUGGCUGCACCUUGGAGGAGCUGUCCUCAUCAAUUUUUAAGCAUCAGGCCAAAGGGCCGCAGCACUCCACGUCCUUCAGGGGAGGACUGGAUGAGGCCAGCCAAGGUGACAACUCAGGUUCGAAGGUCACGGCUCUGGAGUGUCUGGAGUCCAUGGCAUCAGGACUCUACUCCGAACUCUUCACUCUUGUCAUCUCCCUCAUUAACAGGGCUCUGAAGUCCAGUCAGCACUCGCUCUGCUCCCUGCUGAUCGUGGACACUCCGGGUUUCCAGAACCCUCGUCUCGCUCAGCAGCAGCGAGGAGCGACGUUUGAGGAGCUCUGCCACAACUACACCCAGGAGCGGCUGCAGACGCUGUUCCACGAGCGAACCUUUGUCCAGGAGCUGGAGAGAUACAAGGAGGAAAACAUAGAGCUUGCUUUAGAUGACAUAGAGUCCAGUACCUCACUGUCUGUAGCAGCUAUUGAUCAAGCCUCGACUCAAGCUCUGGUUCGCACUCUGGCCAGGACAGAUGAGGCUCGAGGUCUUCUGUGGUUGAUGGAGGAGGAGGCUGUUCAGCCCGGAGGCUCAGAAGAAACCUUGCUGGAGAGACUUUUCACAUAUUACGGCUCUGCACAGGGAGAAAACAAAGGAUCCAAUCUGUUGCUGCGAGGAGAUAAACCCCUCCUCUUCCUGCUGGGACACAGCCACGGUACGGACUGGGUGGAGUACAACACCCAGGGAUGGCUGAGCCAUGCCAAGCACAACCCAGCCGGCCAGAACGCUGCCACACUCCUGCAGGACUCCCAGAAAAAGAACAUCAGCGGGCUGUUCAUGGGCCGGGCCAGCGGGGCCACGGUGCUGUCGGGCUCCAUUGCCGGUCUGGAGGGCAGCUCCCAGCUUGCCCUGCGGCGAGCCACCAGCAUGAGGAAAACGUUCACCACGGGUGUGGCUGCUGUCAAGAAGAGGAGUCUGUGCAUCCAGGUCAAGCUGCAAGUGGAUGCACUGAUUGACAUGGUGCGUCGUUCCAAGGUUCACUUCGUCCACUGCCUCCUACCUAAAGCGGAAGCAGUGGGAGGAGGUGAUCUCCGUGUCACACAUGGAGAGAGCCCCGACUCCGGCCUCAUGACUCUGGACGUGGGCCUCCUGAGGGCUCAGCUCAGAGGAUCCAAGCUGCUGGACGCCCUGCGCAUCUACCGACAAGGGUACCCCGACCACAUGGUGUUCUCCGAGUUCCGCCGGCGCUUUGAUGUCCUGGCGCCGCAUCUGACCAAGAAGCAUGGCCGCCACUACUUUGUCACAGAUGAGAAGAGGGCGGUGGAGGAGUUGCUGGAGGCCUUGGAGCUGGAGAAGAGCAGCUACCACAUGGGGCUGAGCAGGGUGUUCUUCAGAGCAGGGACUCUACCCAGGCUGGAGGAGCAGCGGGACAUCCAGACCAGGAGGAACAUCACUCUGUUCCAGGCUGCCUGCAGGGGAUACCUGGCCAGACAGGCCUUCAAAAAGAGGAAGAUCCAGGACCUGGCCAUCCGCUGCAUCCAGAAGAACAUAAAGAAGAACCGGGGCGUCAAAGGCUGGCCGUGGUGGAAGCUCUUCACCACCGUCAGGCCGCUGAUAGAGGUGCAGCUCACUGAGGAACAGAUUCGUGGCAAGGACGAAGAGAUCCAGCAGCUGAAGCACAAGCUGGAGAAGGUGGAAAAGGAAAGAAAUGAGCUGAGACUCAACAGUGACCGUCUAGAGAGCCGGAUCACCGAGCUGUCAUCCGAGCUUGCUGAUGAGCGCAACACCGGGGAGUCGGCCUCCCAGCUGCUGGAGACGGAAACCUCUGAGAGACUCCGCCUGGAGAAGGACAUGAAGGACCUACAGGCCAAAUUCGAAAGCAUGAAGAAACAGACGGAGUCCAUGGAGAUGGAGGUGAUGGAGGCUCGACUCAUCAGGGCUUCUGAACUUAAUGGAGAGAUCGACGAUGACGACACAGGAGGAGAGUGGAGGCUGAAAUAUGAACGAGCCAUCAGGGAGAUUGAGUUCACCAAGAAGAGGCUGCAGCAGGAGUUCGAUGACAAGCUGGAGGUGGAGCAGCAGAACAAACGGCAGCUGGAGAGGAGGAUUAGUGACCUGCAGGCCGACAACGAGGAGUCACAGCGAAACAUCCAGCAGCUUAAGAAGAAAACACAACGACUGACAUCUGAGCUGCAGGACACCAAACUUCACCUGGAGGGCCAACAGAGCCGCAACCACGACCUGGAGAAGAAACAGAGGAAGUUUGACAGCGAGCUGAGUGCCGUCCAGGAAGAGGUGCAGAGGGAGAAGAGCCUGAGGGAGAAGCUGGCCCGGGAGAAAGACAUGUUGACCGGAGAGGCCUUUAGCCUCCGGCAGCAGCUGGAGGACAAGGACCUGGAAAUGUGUGCAGUAAACCUGAAACUUGACCAGCUUGAGGCCGAGCUGCAGGACCUCAACUCCCAGGAAUCCAAGGACGAGGCAUCACUGGCCAAGGUGAGGAAACAGCUUCGCGACAUGGAGGCCAAGGUGAAGGACCAGGAGGAAGAGCUGGAUGAGCAGGCCGGCACCAUCCAGAUGUUGGAACAGGCUAAGCUGCGUCUGGAGAUGGAGAUGGAGCGUUUGCGUCAAACCCAUUCCAAAGAGAUCGAGAGCAAAGACGACGAGGUGGAGGAGAUCAGACAGUCCUGCAGCAAGAAGCUGAAGCAAAUGGAAGUCCAGCUCGAAGAGGAGUAUGAUGAGAAGCAGAAGGUGCUGAGAGAGAAGAGGGAUCUGGAGGCAAAGCUUCUGUCUGCGCAGGAUAAUGUGAGAACUGGUGACGUAGAGACUGAGAAGCGCUUGAGAAAGGACCUUAAGAGAACCAAGGCUUUGCUGGCUGAUGCCCAGAUCAUGUUGGAUCACAUAAAGAACAACGCACCCAGCAAGAGGGAGAUCGCCCAACUCAAGAACCAGCUGGAGGAAUCUGAGUUUACUUGUGCGGCUGCUGUUAAAGCUCGUAAGUCCAUGGAAGUGGAGAUUGAAGACCUGCAUGUCCAGAUGGAGGACAUCUCCAAAACGAAACAGGCGCUGGAGGAGCAGCUGAGUCGUCUGCAGAGAGAGAAGAAUGACCUGCAGUCCAGGAUGGAGGAGGAUCAGGAGGACCUGAAUGAGCUGAUGAAAAAACACAAGGCUGCUGUAGCCCAGUCGGCCCAGAACUUGGCUCAGAUCAGUGACCUACAAGCCCAGCUGGAGGAAGCCCUCAAGGAGAAGCAGGAGGUUCAGGAGAAGAUGCAAGGCCUCCGGAGCCAGCUGGAGUUCCAGGAGCAGUCCAUGGUGGAGAAAUCCUUGGUCAGCCGGCACGAGGCCAAGAUCCGUGAGCUAGAGACCAAGCUGGAGUUUGAGAAGACCCAGGUCAAACGCCUGGAGAGCCUCGUGGCUCGUCUGAAGGAGAACCUGGAGAAGCUGACCGAGGAACGAGACCAACGCAGCAGCAGCGAGAACCGAGAGAAGGAGCAAAACAAACGUCUGCAGAGACAGAUCCGCGACGUCAAGGAGGAGAUGGCUGAGCUGGCCAAAAAGGAAGCCGAGGCCAGCCGCAAAAAACACGAGCUGGAAAUGGACAUUGAGAGCCUAGAGGCUGGUAAUCAGAGCCUGCAAGCAGACCUCAAGCUGGCCUUCAAAAGGAUUGGUGACCUCCAGGCAGCCAUUGAGGAUGAGAUGGAGAGUGACGACAAUGAAGACCUUAUCAACAGUUUGCAAGACAUGGUGACAAAGUAUCAAAAAAGAAAGAGCAGAACCCAGGGGAAUUCAGACUCGGACUCUGAGCUUGAAGAUCGAGUGGAUGGGGUCAAAUCCUGGUUGUCCAAAAGCAAAGGUUCUGCCAAGAAUCUCUCUGAUGACGGCAGCCUCAAGAGCUCCAGCCCCCCUGGCCAAAGACGCAGCUGCUACGACAGAUCUGAUGAAGAGGAGGAAGAGGAAGAAAAAGAGGAAGGCAGGGCAACAAAGGGCUCCUACAACUCUCCGUAUAGAUCCAGCAGCCAUGUGAAAUACGGCGAUGGCGAGGACAGGCCUCACGAGACCACCUCGUAGUCCUCACCCGUCAGCGUCUAUCUCCUGAAUUGCACCAUUACUCAACUGGAUUCAACAGUUUGUCAUGCAUGUAGAGUGUACCACGUUUGUGGUCGACUGGACACAACCACACACCACACUAUAACACAACACUUCAGUAAAAUGCAGACACUCCUGUUAGAGCUUCCUUUGGCAGAUUCUGGAGAAACAACACAGCCUUUUUGACUAAGCACUCAUCCGUCAGCAGCUCCAUUUGAAACGACUCAGCCUAGCUGGUUGCAUGCAGGCAGCAGCUGCUUGGCUUGAGCUGCCGUCCGGUUUGAUUUCGGUUGUGGUUGUAACUGAGCCAAAGAACUUGAGGUUGCAAUGAUGAUAGAUAGUUUCUCUCUGUGUCGCUCCCCCCUUCCUUAUUUACAUAUAGUACGCCACAAUAAUAUGCAUUUUCAUACUAUAAUGUAUUGCCAAAAAGCCUUUGUUCCAAGUAUGUAUGCGUGCACACUGUUUACUUAUUGCCAGCUGAUGCUAAAUCCUACGGAAAGCCCUCACCCUUUUCUGUUUUGGAAGAAAGUGCCAUUGGAUUUAAGUGUCCUCCUCUGCAGCUGUGGCGCUUCAAAAACUGCUGCAUUGUACACUGAAGACACUCAUUAUGAACUGCUGGCUUUUUUUCGUGCCUCUUGCUGGGAAAUCUUCUCUUCCUAGCGUAAGAGGAUGGCAUCACAUAACUGCUCUGCUAUAUAAAAAAAAAAACUUUUCCUCCUUUUGAAUAUAUUUUUGUGAUGUUUGACAGACUUGUUUUGCAGAGGAUCGCCGUCAAGCAAAUUAAUUUCUUUAAAGUUUGAGCUUACUUCUCUAAAACCUCGUGUUAUGUUUGUUUAGUGAUGAAAACACUCUGGCUUUGUCCCUGUCUGUCUUGUUCACAUGAUGUCACGUUCUAGUUUUUCACAAAAUCCACAGAAUUUAUGUAUUCUCAACCAGCAUGUUAAAGGAUGAACUGACAUUGCAUUUUCUCUUCUUAUGAACACAUCCAAUGGAAAGACCAAGACAUACAUGUAUAUUUAACAAAACAUCAUGUAAACAAAGGUCUGCUUUCGCUUGUUAGAGUUUUCUUCUCCUUUUAAUGCAGUUUCCGUUAGACUGUAUCUGGAGGCAGAUGAGAUGCCAUCCACCUUCAGACUGUGAAGCCAAAAUAUCUUGGGUACUGGGGCUGCCAUCUUGCGCUGGUCCACUAGUGACUAACGGGAGGUCAGUAUUUAGCCUAGAGCACAAUCAGUCUCAGCCAACCUAUUACAUUGGACCUAAAAAUUUCAGACUUUUAGAAAAGUAGUAAUUACUAAUCACUUUCAAACAGCACAUGUCCACACAGUUUUAAGAUUUAAGUGACUCCAUAGUGAACCGUAACCUUUCCACUAUAUUUUGGCUUCGAUUUUGAACAGAGGAAGGAAGUAUCAUCUUCAUGUUUAGUCUAAGGAUGGCUCAGGUGUCAGAUCUCAGUGUACUGGUUCCUUUUGAAGACAAAAAUCAAACACGGGCUGUUGUAGUUUUGAGCAAACUGGGAACUUAGUAUUGUGAGUUGGUAAUAACCGCUAGCUUGGUUGCUAACCAGACAAUAAAACAAGUAAGUGAUGUAUUUGGAUCUCAACCGUCUGUGGUUUGUUCUCUAGUAAAACAGUUUUCCAAACAAAUUUUGAAGUAACUCAUCACUUAACAUGUUUCAAUUAAAGAUAGACACAUUGAAUUACAUUCAUAACGCUACACUUCACAUGCAAAAUGUGCCACAUAUAAUAAUACACAUGAAAUCAACUGUCCCACAACCAUUGGAUUAAAAUGUACAAGGUUCACUGGGCUGUUUUGGUUUCAGUGCUUGCAACUGAUUGGUCAGUUGUGCAACUUUGAGUAUCAAAGUUCAACAAAGCUUAGCAUUAUUUCUGCAAGCAGGCUGAUUGCCGGUCACAGAGAUUUCACUGAACUGAAAUAGUCUCUCUUUAGAUUCACAUCUUUUCAUGGGUUUGGAAGACAAUGAGAAUCUAGAAUAUCACCAGCCUUAAGUCUCAUUUUAACUGGACACAUUACAGCCUUUAUAAGCAAUACUGUGAAAUCAUGUUCAACGUCUCUGAGGCCUGUCUAUUUGUCUUGUUUUUGUUUGUUACUUUGCUUGUUUGUCUCUUGGUUCAGCUCAUUAACUCCUAAACAGUAGCAUUAGAUAUGUGUAAAAAGCCAUUCAAAGCCCAGAGGAGCUUGGACGUGGCGGUUGAGGCUGAACAAAUUAGCGGAUGUCCUUAAUUGUGGGAAAGAAAUCGGGUAUUAGUCGACUAUACAUGCUUUUUGUAAACGCUUCGUUUUUAUCCUCUGCGGUCGACACAAGUGUGGAAAUGUGUUUUUGACCCUCAUGCUUCAACGGAACUAAAAUACAAUGCUGACUGCACACAUUAUUUAUAUAUAAGUAUACGUCUGAGUCAUGCUAGCUUUGAAAAUAGUUCUUGUUUAUUUUCAUUAUCGAACAAAUUGACCACUUGUUAUACAUUUUGCAUUACAGUUUAAUAUAUUGUAAAUAAAUGUUGGUGAUUGUUUUA